AUGCUAUGUCAUCGCUAUGCUUUUGGAUUCGGAUGGAAAGCACCGCUGCACUGUUUACAUGAUGGAUGUGCUACCAGUAAUAAACCAAAGCGGAACAGCCUUCGCGCAGCAACAAUGGAACAAUGUGGAACACUGGGUCCGUUUCCGUAUGGAGGUCAGCUGUGUACUGAUCAUAGGAAAUGUCUAAGCCGUCCUCCAAAAUCACCUUUCCUAAACGCUCCACUGUCACCGCUAUCCACUAGAGCUUCAGCUGAUUCUGUCACUAGUGACAUUUCAACAGCAACAGUCGAACGUGAAAUACAAUACCAACAAUCAAUCAAUACACUAUUUGAAACCACACGAGUGAGUCCACUGAAGUCACAAGUUAGUGCACCAUUGAAAGGACAAAGUAACAGUUCAUUACGGCGUUUGAAGUCGAAGUUCGCAUCUGCGCUGCACGCUGCUGCUCAACAAAUCAGUGAAGCCAUCGCACCAGGUCAAGGCCAACAACUAAGAAUAAUGACUGGCCUUGACGAUCUGCUGAGCAACUCACGCCAAAGAACUGCGACGUAUGAUGCAAAUACGCCAAUAAUUGAUUAUUUAAAAACUAUGUACAAUUCGCAUGCAGCUCAAAAAUUACCGCAUCAGGAGCGAAUUACUAUUCUAGCUUAG